UGGUUAGGUUAAGGCUGUGUUAGCUUUAACACAAGGGUUUGUGAUUCAGAGAGAGAAGAGAGAGAUAGAGAGAGAGAGUAGCAGUAGUGAGAGAGUAGCUAUGGGUGUGUUGAUAAACACUCUCUCUUGAGUUUAGAAUCAUAUUUACGAGUUUCCAUUUCUGGAAAACGAGUUUGUUGAUUCUGAGUUAUCUACGAGUUUCGAUCUGUAUUUUUCUUUUUUUCCUUUUUCGAUUGUUUUCGUCAUAGUAAUCAUCACUAUUUGAUUCAAGAUGAUCACCCAGAACAAAAGAGAAUAUCUUUCUUUCUUUUCAUUUUCAUUUUCAGCUCAAUUAUUUUUAUUUAUUUAUUUUGUUUCCUCAGAGUACAGAUCUGAGAUUGAGAAGUAAUUAAUGGAAGAAGAGAGUGGCAGAGUCUGUAAUUUUAAGCCUCUCUUUCUCUUUCUCUCUCUUUAUUAUAUAUUUUAGAUCUAAGCUUUUCUUUUUUUUUUUUCUUCCAAAGAUCCUGGACUAGUAGUGAGCCGAAAAUCUGGUUCAGAUCUUCGGAAGUUUUUUCUUUUUUCCUGAGAAAGUUGGGAUUUUUAAGGUAUUUUUGAAUUGGGUGUUCGAAAAAAGAUGAACUAUUUUCCUGACGAGGUAGUAGAACAUGUGUUCGACUACGUAACAUCGCACAAGGACCGAAACGCGUUGUCGUUGGUGUGCAAAUCAUGGUAUAGAAUCGAGAGGUUUAGCAGAGAAAAAGUGUUCGUAGGGAAUUGCUAUGCAAUCAGUCCUGAGAGGACUAUCAAUAGAUUUCCAGGUCUAAAGUCACUUACUUUGAAGGGGAAGCCUCAUUUUGCAGAUUUCAAUCUGGUUCCUGAUGAAUGGGGUGGUUAUGUUCAGCCAUGGAUUGAAGCCUUGGCUAGUAGCCGUGUUGGGUUGGAAGAGCUUAGAUUGAAGAGAAUGGUGGUAUCUGAUGAUAGCUUGGAUUUGCUUUCUAGGUCUUUUGUCAAUUUCAAAACUUUAGUUCUCGUUAGCUGUGAAGGGUUCACCACUGAUGGCCUUGCUGCUAUUGCUGCCAAUUGCAAGCAUCUGAGGGAGUUGGAUCUUCAAGAGAAUGAUAUUGAUGACCAUAAAGGGCACUGGCUGAGCUGCUUUGCUGAUCAAUGCACUUCUCUGGUGUCACUUAAUUUUGCUUGCCUCAAAGGAGAAAUUAAUUUAGCUGCUCUUGAGAGACUAGUUGCAAGGUCCCCUGGCCUCAAAGUAUUGAGGGUAAACCGUGCUGUUCCUCUUGACACCCUUCAGAAAAUACUGGUGAAAGCUCCUCAACUAGUGGAUUUGGGUACUGGGUCUUGUGUCCAAGACCCCCAUUCUGAGUCCUACCUCAACCUAAAGAACACUCUUUCGAAAUGUACAUCAAUUAGGAGCUUGUCAGGGUUUUUGGAGGUGACACCUAGGUGCGUCGGAGCUUUCUAUCCGCUUUGUGAUAACCUCACAUCUUUGAACUUGAGUUAUGCUCCGGGCAUACAUGGUUUUGAUCUCAUUAAGCUAAUUCGUCGAUGUGUUAAACUUCAGCGCUUGUGGAUACUAGAUUGCAUUGGAGACAAAGGGUUGGCGGUUGUAGCUUCUACUUGUAAAGAGUUGCAGGAAUUGAGAGUUUUUCCAUCUGAUCCUAAUGGAAUUGGGCAUGAUGCUGUUACAGAAGAAGGCUUAGUUGCCAUAUCUAUGGGAUGCCCAAAGCUUCAUUCCUUGCUGUACUUCUGCCAGCAGAUGACCAAUGCGGCUCUGAUAACAGUAGCCAAGAAUUGUCCUAAUUUUAUCCGUUUCAGGUUAUGCAUCCUUGAUCCUACAAAACCAGACCCGGUGACCUCACAGCCGUUGGAUGAAGGUUUUGGAGCGAUCGUCCAGGGAUGCAAAAACAUUAGGCGUUUGUCCCUCUCUGGCCUUCUUACAGACCAAGUUUUUCUCUACAUUGGAAUGUAUGCCGAGCAGCUUGAAAUGUUGUCUAUUGCAUUUGCUGGAGACAGUGACAAAGGAAUGCUGUAUGUGUUGAAUGGCUGCAAGAAGCUUCGAAAGCUCGAGAUUAGGGAUUGCCCCUUUGGUGACGUGGCACUACUAUCGGACGUGGGAAAGUAUGAAACAAUGCGAUCCCUUUGGAUGUCGUCCUGUGGAGUCACCUUGGGAGGCUGCAAGACAGUGGCCAAGAAGAUGCCCAGUCUUAAUGUUGAAAUUAUAAACGACAAUGAAGAGAGCGAGUUUUGCCUCAACCAAGACGGGCAUAAUGUAGAGAAAAUGUACCUGUACCGGACGAUGGUAGGGAGAAGGGGUGAUGCGCCGGAGUUUGUGGUGACGCUGUAGCUGCAGUUGGGGUUUUUACCUUUUUUCUUUCUUUAUUAGGCUUCCACUUUAUUUUUUGUUCUUCUUUAAUUUAGUAGUUGCAAGAUGUUGUACUCUGUUUAGCAGAACAGAUAAGUGGACUUAUAUAGCUUGAUGUUGGUUAUUAAUGGUUAGUGGUGGCAUGUAAUUGUGUUUGUUUACGAAGGUUUUGACUAUUGUAAACCGAUGUGAUAAUUUAGACGGUGUUAGCACUUGCAGA